GCGACAUUUUGCUGUAGCAGUCCAGAGCGGCCGCGCACACGGCCAUACGCGUGUUAUAAAUCAGCGUACGCAUCGCUGCUGGACGACAUUUGUCGCAGACAGCGGUGCUGCAACGCUACCGGCGGCGAGCGACACACCGGAGAAGCACAUCAGACAGCACUUCAGCAGCAGCCAUGCUCCUGCGCGCCGCAUUCGUCCUGGCGACCUGCGCCUCAUUAACGCCGCCGCCGCGCGCCACGACAAAUCAAGUCAGACGACACUCGACGCUCCUCGACGAGAAGGAAAGAAAUAGGAGACGGCGCGCCGAAGAACUUGGGUUUUGGGAUGAAGCUCGAUUGGACGUCAGCGGCGGCGACGGCGGCGACGGCUGCUUGAGUUUCCGGAGGGAAAAGUACGUGGCCAUGGGCGGUCCCAAUGGUGGGAACGGCGCGCGCGGCGGUUCCGUGAUCGUGGUCUGCGAUCGGAAUCUCAAUACUUUGGGCGUGGCGCGACGGCGACGGGUCCGAACGGCGGAGCGGGGUCAGCAUGGGCGAGGCUCGAACAAACACGCUCGCGCUCCUAGGGAUUCGUAUAUCCGCGUGCCGCCCGGCACUGUGGUCCGAGAAGCCUCCUCAGGAAAAGUCGCCGGGGAAUUACGUUCUCAUGGAGACGCGUUGUUAGUCGCGAGAGGCGGUAGAGGCGGUCGGGGCAACGCGGCGUUCAAGACCGCUAGAAGGACGGCACCCAGAAUAGCGGAGCGCGGCGAGCGCGGCGCGUCGCGCAGUAUAGUGCUCGAAUUGCAAUUAGUCGCGGACGUGGGCCUCGUGGGCCUGCCCAAUGCGGGCAAGUCGACGUUGUUGCGGUCCGCGACGGCGGCGAAUCCCAAGGUCGCGGAUUAUGCCUUUACGACCUUGGUACCCAAUCUAGGAGUCUGGGAGCCCUCUUUAUCGAAAGAUUCGCGGAAGAAGGUGCGUGGUAGACGUUCUGCCGUAGGAGGCGCGACGAAGAACGAGCUGAAGCGGCGGCAGAAGCUGCGGCGACGGUCGACGGGCCGCCGCGGCGACAAGCGGCCUUUCGUGGACCAGGCGGGCGCCGCGGAGGGCAUCGAUAAAUCUACAGGCUCGAGUGCAGACGCCUUCGCGGACAGGCAGCUCGACGCCAUCCUCGACGGUGUGGUGAAUGAGGAACCCACCGUAGAGGAGGAAGUCGAGCGAGAGGAGGAGAAGGGCCUCGUGAUCUGCGACAUCCCGGGCCUCGUCGACAAGGCGUCGCAGGGCGUCGGGCUGGGCGACGCGUUCCUCAAGCACGUGGAACGCUGCGCUUGUCUCUUGCAUGUGGUGGACGCAUCGAGGGACGACCCUUGUGCGGACUACGACAUCAUCUCCAGGGAGCUCGAAAGUUACUCCGAUACACUCGCGAAAAAACCUCGAGUCGUGCUCCUGAACAAGGUCGACGCAUUAGAUGCAUCGAGGGAAGCUCAGCUAGUACAAGAAUUACGAGCAAAGUGCGAGCAUACUCGCGUCGCGACGGCCUCGGCCUUGAGCGGCAAGGGCGUCGAUGCAUUGAUGACGAAGCUGCGAGGUUUUGUGGAUAAGCACUCUUCCGAUACGUACGCGCCGGUCGGCGAACGAGUCGACUUAGAUCCGCCCUUCGCCAACUCGCCGGAGGCCGACAGCAGCUUCACGAUCACCGAUGGUACAAAGGAGGGCUACGCGGGCCAGUGGCGCGUCGACUCGCCGCGCUUGGAGAAGAUCGCGGCGAUGACGAAGUUCGACCAGCCCGACGCCGUCGCGCGGUUUGGAAGGGUCGUGGAAGCUUUAGGCGUGGCUGCCGAGCUUGAAUCGCGAGGUGCGGUGCGGGGCGACCUCGUGAUGAUCGGCGACGACGUCGAUUUGGAGUACGAUCCCGUCGGCUGGUCGCCCUACUCGGAAUUGAAGCAGGCGUCGGAAGAGGAGGACGAAGAGGUGCAUGAAGAGGGCGAGUUCCUGGACUACGACGGGGAAGUGUUGGAUGAUUAUGAAGAGGAGACGUACGGCGACGAGGACUUCCUGUUCCUGCUGGACGGGGAUUCGUAAGUGUGUAGCAU